CAGCACUCAAAGCAGCUCUUUAGACCAGCCCAAGAACCGAGAAAGGGAAAAAGAGAAAUUCCUCUCUCAAAGAAGCACGCGUUUGCAUGUAAACAACCAAUAAAAUAUUUGGAAACACACGUUCAGAUUCGGGGGAAAAUUUUUUCAAAGCUUUGAUUGUUUUUAUAUUUCACAUCUCGCUCCGAAGCUGUAAAACAGUGAUACGACUUUAGAGACCACCCCCCCAAAACCCACCUUUGCAGUAAUGGGUUUUCCACCACCUCCUCCACCCCCACAACCACCUUUACCACCUCCUCUUCACGCUUUUUGUCUCUCUUCCAUUUUUGUAUCUAAUUCAAAGCCUCCCUCCUGUUUGUCUCUCGGAGACCCACCUGAAUAGCGAUCGAGCUAAUUAAGCAUGGGCUAUCUGUCUUGCAAUGCAGAGUCCGCCAUAGCCACCUGCGAUCCUUACAACUGGGAUCUCAAGAAGAAAGGAAGAACCAAACCCACUAAGGGAGUUAAGAAAAUCAGAGAGUUUUCGUGUGCUGAGCUCGUCGCCGCCACCGGUGGGUUCUCAGCGGAGAGCUUUUUAGGCAAAGGUAGUCAUGGAAGUGUCUACAAAGCCGUCCUCGACGACGGAAAGCUUGUCGCCGCCGUCAAGAAGACAAAGCUUCUCCACCCUUCAACAACAACGAGCUUCCAAAGCCACCGUAACAACAACUGCACCAGCCCCUCAGAGAACGAGAUUGAGAUACUCUCCAGAGUACACCACCCUCGGCUCGUGAAUCUCGUAGGCUUCUGUGCCGACUCCAACGACACCAAACUCCUUGUCGUCGAGUACAUGCCCAGCGGCUCCCUCUACGACCUAUUACACUCGCCCACCAGAUCACCCCCCGGUUGGAUCCGCCGGGUCCGGUUCGCCGUCCAGAUAGCGAAGGCGGUCCAAGCGCUGCACUCGGCCAAUCCGCCGGUGAUUCACCGAGACAUCAAGUCCUCCAACGUCUUGAUCGACGAGAAACGGAACGCGAGGCUAGGGGAUUUCGGGUUGGCCCUGAGGGGACACGUGGAGGACGUGCGGAUCAAGUGCACGCCUCCGGCGGGGACGUUGGGGUACCUCGACCCGGGCUAUCUUGCGCCGGGGGAUCUCAGCGCCAAGAGCGACGUGUUCAGCUUCGGGAUCUUGCUGUUGGAGAUCAUCAGCGGCAGGCACGCCAUCGACGUUAACUACAGCCCUCCCUCCGUGGUCGACUGGGCCGUGCCGUUGAUCAAGCACGGCGAAUUCGCCGAAAUCUGCGACCGCCGAAUCGGGUCUCCGGCGGACCAUUCGGUGAUCCGGCAGCUCGCGGUGCUCGCCGCCAGGUGCGUCCGAUCGAGCGCGACGAAGCGGCCGGCGAUGUCGGAGGUGGUGGAGGGUUUAAAAAUUAUCUCCAAGAACGUCCACGCGCCGCCGAUCUGGAACACUCUAAGGCGGCGCGUGAGUCGUGCGGAGGAUUCUCGGCCUUUAAUGACGUGGGAAGUGUAUGACAGGAGUGAAGAAGUCGUUAAGGUUGCGAAAGUUGGAACCAUGAGGAAUAGGAGAAAAGUAUCCAGUGUUCCGGGUGCAGAGUACGGGAGUGAAGCUAUUGGUUCGUCGGUUGGUGACCGAAUGGUUAGGUCGAAAUCGGUUGGUUAUUUUCGCGAAACAAAAGUGGGGCCUGAUUCAAGUUUCGGCGCUAAUCGGUACUUGUUAAGUCGGAGAAAGCCGGGGGUGGCGGUGAAAAUGCCGGUGGUGCGGCUGAACAAGUCAAGGUCAAUGGGAGUGCUGCACAAUCCACAGUUGUUACAGUGCAAGAGCAGAGGAUUUGUGUUUGAUUUUGGAGGGAAUAAUAAUCCUCACAGUACUUCAACGGAAUUGGAUUUCUCCAAGCUGGUGAUUAGCUUCGACAACAAGUCUGAAAACGAAACGCUUGAAAAACCAUUGUUUUCCAUGUAAAACCAACAAGCACUUCAAAUUGUUUCAGCAAGAGUAAGGUUGUCUCAAUAUCAUCUGCCCUACAACUGCGUCGUGUCUUGCAGACCAGGUUGGUCCACAUGUCGUAGGGUUAUAUUUUUCCUUCCAUUGUUUUUGUUUAAUUACCAUGUGAUGUAAAUUGAGAUGUGGCCAAUUUAUAUUCAUCUCUGAUAAUUGGAGAAGUUCAAUUAUUUGCGAGUGUAAUUUCAUGGUUAAAUUGAAAGUCACCUAAAAUAUGCAUUGAGUUGCAUGCUCA